AUGGAUAUCAGUUCUUCUAACGGUGCUACAACGUUAUCUUCAUCUUGUGCUGGAAAUAUUCACUCCUCUGGUUUGAGUUGUGCUGUGAGUGUUGGCGAGAAGAGAAAGAGGAACGAGUAUGGUGAAAGUUGCAAUGGUAAUGGAGAUGCAGAAAGGGGACCAAAGAUUUAUGAAUGUGUUGGUCUAAAGUUUAACGACUUUAAUAAGCUGAUGAGGGAAGAAGUAAACUUUGAGGUUGGCCAGACAUGGGCUCUUUACGAUACAGCGGAUGGGAUGCCUAGAUCGUAUGCUCAUAUCAGAAAAGUUUCAGCUCCUUGUUUUGGGCUUAGGAUAACAUAUCUAGAGCCAGAUCCAGAUGAUGAGAAAGAGAUCCAAUGGUUUGAAGAAGACUUGCCUGUUUCUGCUGGUAAAUUCAGGCUUGGAAAAAAUCAGAACACGAAAGAUCGUACCAUAUUCUCUCAUCUUAUCCAAUGCGAUGAAGGAAGCAACACUGGUCAUCUCAGUAUAAUCCCAAGAAAAGGAGAGACUUGGGCUCUUUUCAAGAACUGGGACAUUAAGUGGUCUUCAGAGCCAGAUUCUCACCGCAACUAUGAGUAUGAACUUGUCGAGAUAUUAUCUGAUUAUGCUGAUGAAGCUGAUGUAUUUGUUGCAUACUUGCAUAAAGCAAAAGGCUUUGCAAGUGCUUUCUUUCAAAUGGGAACUGGAUCGGCAGACAUAUUUCGUAUUUCACGUCACAGUUUGUACCGGUUCUCUCACCAAGUUCCCUCCUUCAAACUGACUGGAUCUGAAGGAAAAGGUGUGCCAAAAGAUGCUUACGAGCUGGACCAAGCUGCACUACCUGAAACAAUCGAAGAGAAAGUCAUCCCUUCUUAUCUACUAGGAGAGCCCACCGCUUCAAACUCUAAGAGUAAUAGAAAAUCUAAACCUCAAAUCAUCUUUGCUAGCAAGGGGAAGGUUUUUCAAACUGGCCAGAUUUGGUCAUUUUCCAGUCUUUAUCAUGAGUUUCCUCUGUACUAUGGUAGGAUUCAGAAGAUCAGUUUUACUCAGGUACUCAAGCAAGAGCCAGUAUAUAAACUACACGUAAGCCGGUUAAUGGCUACUCGUUUCCCUGAGGAUGUGAUCCAGUAUGAAGACAAGAAAAUGCCGGUUGGUUGUGGAACUUUCUACGCGAGAAAAGUUCUUGAAAUAAUCACUCCAGAUGAUGUUUCACAUCAGAUAAUGCCUCAAACCUCCAUGGAUGCAAAUGAAUAUACUAUUCUGCCAAAGAUUGGAGAGGUUUGGGUUAUAUACAGAUUCUGGAGUGAAUACAGGGAAUUCGAGAAUGUGGGUUUUUGCAGCUAUGACAUUGUUGAAAUUCUUGAUGACACAUUGGACUAUAAGGUCUUGCUGUUGGAGAACGAGCCCGUUUCUGAUGAAAAUGAAGACGAAAGUAAGCUCUUUCAAGCAGUUAAGAAAUAUAAGUAUAACGAAAUUGAUGGAUCAGAACCAAUAUUUAUGAUCCCAAGGUCGGAAAGGCUCAGAUUCUCGCAUAAGGCUCCUGCUUCGCGUGUAACCAAAGAGAGAUACGGAGAGUUAAAAGACCUUAUCAAAGUGGAAUCAGGAGCAUUACCUCAUAACCUGACGUAUCCAGACCAUUGA